AUGCCUUUGGCUAGGAAGGAGCCACGUCUGGACCUGCUGGGCUUAUCCCUGUUUGGUGGACCAGCUCUUCCGGGUAUACAUCCUGGAUGUCGCAAGCGCGGAGCGGAUGGACAGCUGGUGGAUCAGGGCAAAGCCUUGGAUCCUGGCAAGGUUAUGGAGGCCAUCGGUGCCUAUGGCCAGGGCUUGAUCGACCUGGAAGAGCUGCAUCGAGCGGAAUGCCAUGGACUUCCAGGGAGUGGGUCAUGCAGUGCAAUGUUCACUGCAUGUACAAUGGCAUCCGUGGUUGAAGCUUUGGGUAUGGCGCUCCCUGGCACUGCCAGCAAGCCAGCUGCAACUCGUGACGAUCCGCGAACGGUCACGGAGCAAAAACGCCAGGACUGUGUAGCUGUGGUGGCCGCACUCUUCUCCUUGGCUGAGAAGGGAUUGUCAGCGCGAAAGAUCAUUACCAGCAAGGCUCUCGAAAAUGCCGUCGCAGUGGUUUAUGCACUGGGAGGCAGCACCAAUGCUGUGCUGCAUACCUUGGCGAUUGCGCAUGAAGCUGGCAUACCAGAGACCGAAUUCAAUAUCGAGGAUUUCCAUCGAGUCGGCCAAAGGGUGCCGCUGAUCGGAAACGUCUCUCCGCAUGGAAGAUAUCACAUGAGCGACCUUGACAAGAUCGGCGGCGUUCCAGUGGUGAUGCGGGAGUUGUUGGAUGCGGGUCUUCUGCACGGAGACUGCAUGACGGUGACUGGCAGGACAGUAGCAGAGAAUCUCGCAGGUACUCCUUCUGUUGCAGCCCUGGGACAUCAGGAUGUCCUAUAUCCUGUCUCCAAACCUCUGGCACCAGCUGGAAACCACAUCCUGGUCUUGAAAGGAAAUCUGGCCCCUGAGUCUGCUGUUUGUAAGCUCUCGGGCAAGACGGACAUUGAGCUGACAGGCCCGGCUCGAUGCUUCGAUGAUGAGGAUGCAGCGUUUGGCGCCAUUAUGGCGGGAAAGAUCCAGAAAGGUGAUGUCCUGGUGAUCCGCUAUGAAGGUCCAAAGGGAUCUCCUGGCAUGCCAGAGAUGUUGAGCCCCGGCUCCGCCCUGGUGGGCGCCGGCCUGGGAAAGUACGUGGCGCUGGUGACGGACGGUCGCUUCAGCGGCGCCUCCCACGGCAUCAUGGUGGGCCACGUGACGCCUGAGGCUGCAGUGGGUGGCCCCAUUGGGCUUCUGGUGGAUGGUGACAUGGUCACGGUACGACCUGGCAGUCGCGAACUGUCAGUGGCGCUCUCCGAGGAGGAGCUUGCUGCGCGCCGAAAAGAAUGGAAACCACCGGCUCCAAAGCCUGGAUCGUUUGGCACAUUAGGCAAAUACGCAUCGCAGGUGAGGUCUGCUCACGUGGGAGCUACGACGUCAUGA